AAAGCUGAUUUGUAAAAGGUGCUGGGUACAAGUUUGGGAUAACUGACAAGGGCAGAAUGGAGAUGAGUAGUGGCAUAUUCACAGAUGCCAGAGUUACCGAAGAUAACAAAUCACACUCAGAUGCAGACUUUUAUAUGACUGAGGAUGUGGAGACUCUCAGGAUCUGGGAACCUGAGAAAACAGGAAGAGAGACUACAAAGAGCAGAUGUUACAGACUGACUGCAGUCUCUUUGCUGCUGCUGUGUGUUCUCCUGCUGACUGCCAUCACAGUGCUGUGGAUCAAAUUCAACAAUCUGAAUAGAGAAAAAGACCAGUUACACACCAGUUACAACACCCUAAAUAAAGAGAGAGACCAGUUACAGACCAGUUACAACUCCCUGACUACAGAGAAAGACCAGUUACAGACCAGUUACAACUCCCUGACUAAAGAGAGAGACCAGUUACAGACCAGUUACAACACCCUGACUAAAGAGAAAGACCAGUUACAGACCAGUUACAACUCCCUUACUAAAGAGAGAGACCAGUUACAGACCAGUUACAACACCGUGACAAAAGAGAAAGACCAGUUACAGACCAGAUGGAUAUAUUUCAGCUCCAGUGUUUACUACAUUUCUAAUAGAGCUAAGACCUGGACUGAGAGCAGACAGGACUGCAGAGGGAGAGGAGCAGACCUGGUGAUCAUAAACAACAAAGAGGAACAGGAGUUUAUCAGUAAAUUGCUGUGCAGCAGAAAUGCUUGGAUUGGUCUGAGUGACAGAGACACUGAGAAAGUGUGGAAGUGGGUGGAUGAUACACCGCUGACCACUGGGUAUUGGGGACAUGGCGAACCUAACAGUUAUGCAGGAAAUGAGGACUGUGUUUUAACCGGUGAAAUGUCUGAUCCCGUCUGGAACUGGGCUGAUUAUCCCUGUGAUGAUAAGUUUAUUUGGAUUUGUGAGAAGACAAUCUUUAACUUAUGAAAAAAAUCUUUACAUUUAUCAGUUUAAUUUACAUUGUUAUCUGUGAAGCUCAGUGCUUUGUACCUGACACAUCCUCAUUACUAUUAAUAAGCAUCAUGGUGUCACCUGUUUUUCAACUCCAGUUGGGUUUGUUUAGGAAAUUGUACAGAUUCUACGACUAUGUAGGGUCAUGUCGCUUCUGCAUUAUAGCCUGCCUUCUUUAAGAGUCUUCACAAAGUGUCAGUUUC